UUCUUUCCUUCUCUCUAUUCUCCUUCUCCUUCUUCUUCUUCUUCUUCCGUAUCUUCCUCUCUCAUAGUAAGUGUUUGAUUUUCAUCAUGUAUCCUUCUUCUGCUUCCUCCUCUUCUCACCGUUCAAUGCAUUCCUCCGGCCUUAUUCGCUACGGCUCAGCUCCGGGCUCCCUCUUGACCUCCGCCGUCGAUUCCCUCGUCUCAACUGACCAUGAAUUCUCCCCCCUCGGAUCUCACCAUAUCAUGCCUCACCAGUACUUUUCCGGUGACUCUUCCUCCGAGUCCACCUGUAAGGUGGCUGCGCCGCCGGAUCACAAGGAGGCCGGAGCCGGAGCCCGAGGCCCCGCUGCUAUGCUGCAGAGGUCCUACGGGUUUAGUGAGAUGCCUGUCGCCGACUUCUCUACAGCUAGUAGUUUGAAAGGCGGUGGUGAAGGCGGCGGCGGCGGUGGAUCUGCGCCGUCGUUGAUUCGCCAUAGCAGCUCCCCUGCUGGCUUCCUCAACCAGCUCACUGCCGAUAACUUGACAAGAGGGACUGGAAACUAUAGCUCUCAAGGUGGUUGUAAUGGUGGUCAUGGAAUAUCAAGGUUGAAGUCCCAGUUAAGCUUCAAGAGGCAAGAUUCUCUUUCCCAGAUCUCAGAAGUAAGUGAGAAUAUGGUUGAUGGCAUCAGCUCUGACAAUGGCCACAGAAAUGCCACUCAUUCUUAUGCCACUGCUAGUUUUCCUUUGGAUGCCUGGGACAAUACCAACACCAUUGUGUUUUCCACAACACCAAACAAACGAGCUAAGAACAUCAAUGGUGACAUUCUCAACAGUCUCGGUUCCUUAGAGCCACAGUUUAGUCUGCCACAGACAAGUUUAGAGAUGGCUGCAGUAGAGAAGCUGCUGCAAGUACCUGAAGACUCUGUUCCAUGCAAAGUUCGAGCUAAGCGUGGCUGUGCCACUCAUCCUAGAAGUAUUGCUGAAAGGGAGAGAAGAACUAGAAUAAGCGGGAAACUGAAGAAACUGCAAGAUCUUGUUCCUAACAUGGAUAAGCAAACUAGCUAUGCUGACAUGUUGGACUUGGCUGUGCAACAUAUCAAAGGUCUUCAAAAUGAAGUGCAGAAGCUCAAUAAAGAACUGGAGAACUGUACUUGUGGUUGCAAGCAAGCCCUCUAAUGUUUAGUCAGAGGGACUAGUGAUGAAGCAAGUAAGGGUUGAGCAUCAAGUUUCUUGAAGAAGGUGGAUAAUCCAAUCAAGACUAACCUUCCUAAGUUGAGACCUCGUUAUUGAACCCAAACAUGUAUAUAAUGCCAAAACUUUCUUUUUCCUAAUUCAUUACGACCCUUUUUUUGUAUCCUUCUAUGUAUUAACUUGCUAAUUUCUUUUUUCAUGUUUUGGUAAUUUCACCUUCCAAUGAGCGAAAAAACAAACGAUAUGUCUAAUAUAUGGGUCUUGCUAUAGUACCAAAUUGAUAUACAUCAAAAAGUGUGACCAAUUAGGUCGGACAAUA